UCCAUUUGGAGAGUUUUGUCUUCUAAACCCUAAUCCCUCUCCACUACCUUCCUUGCUCGACACUCGGUGUCGCAGCGCAUGGGACGAGAAUCAUCUGUCCCUUCGUUGAUAGCCGAAUCUGUUCCCGUCCAUUGAAACUCAUUAACUCCAGUCACUGGUUUAGCGUGGUCUGCCAUAGGUACUGUAAAGAACGUUUCUGGAGUGACUGCAGUUGGGAUUGAGAAGGCCUGUUACCUCUGCCACUGUCGAGCCGUGCAUGCAAAUCUGUGAGCUCGGGCGAGGGCGAGGGCGAGCAGAAGCGAGACGACGAACAGCGCAAGAGAAGAGAGAAGAGAGAAGAGAGAAGAGGAAGUGGACGAGGAAGUGGAAGGGACGAAGUCGGAAGCGAGCGAGCGGAGGAGGGCACGAGGAGGACGCCAGGAGCAGAUUGUGUCCUUUUCUCGUCGUUUUAGCCAGAGCGAGAAGGCCAUAGCCGGAACGAGGAAGGAAGAAAGGACGGAGGGAGGGCAGGGCGGAGGAUUGGUUGGGUGCUGCCGGAAUGGAAGUUUGAGGGUCAGGCCGAGGAUGGUGGAAUCGGGGGUGCGAUAGACGUCGGUGCGUGCUGGAGAGGUCGAGGCCAGGCCAGGCCAGCGAGUAGUAGCCCGUGGUUUGUCGGGUGGACGAUUUUCGACGAGGGUUUCGGAUUUCGGAUUUGCGACACAGAUUUCGAGGCAGGACGAGGGGCGGGCGAGGGGAUGGAGAGAAGGGGCCGUGCGGUGAUUGACCCGAAGGUUAGGCAGGUUGGAUUUGUGACGCCCGGGGAAGGCACCGAUUUGAUUAAUUUAGCAAUUCCUCUGGAACAAGGUGCCAAUUCUCCGUCCCCGGUGCUAAUCCCCCCGGUGCGCAUCAACGACGGGGCCUCUGUUGCUCCUGCGAAAGCUGCACCCAUGCCUGUGCCGUCUCCCACUUCCAGAAGGCAUCCCACCGUGGACGUCAAUUUGCCUCUAGGUAGCUACAAUCCGGCCGAUUCUGUGCUCGGUAGCUCUAACACUCCCUCGAGCGGCAAGGCAGGAAGCCAUGGUGAGAGUUUGCGGUCAUCUGCAACAUUCAUUGAACUCCAAAGUGAAACCUCUGAUUAUCCUACAGUGGGAAGUGGCACCAUUGCUCCUGUGCUUAUCACUGAGAAAGGACCACCACCACCCCUUCAUAUCCCGCCUGGUGGAAGCUCGCCUCUUACCCCUAUGAAUGUUCAAGCUGAUAAAGGCAAAAGUCAAAAGGUUGGUUUAGAUGAGAAGGCCAAGGAGGGGAAGACCAAGAGUUUGAAGGAGAGAACAUCUAAGGCCGAAAGGAGAGCCGCCCAAGAAGCACAGCGUGCUGCGAAGAAAGCAGCCGAAGAGUCUGGUGGAAGCAAGCCAACAAAAGGCGACGUUGGUGGCACAGGAGCAAGUCAGAAGGAUUCCAAGGCCUCCAAGGGUACACAUCAGAAAACUAAUAGUGCGGAAAGGAGAACUUCUUCAAGUGGGAAGCCAGCAGACAAAGGGCAGGAGAAAGAAAAGAAGAAGGAUGUACCAGCCCCUCGGAUGCAAUUUGAUGAUGCGGAACGAGUCGCCAAGGCCAAGAAGCGUUCCCUGGUGGAGCAAACUGAGACGAAAAACAGGGUGGAGCUCUUCAGACAUCUCCCGCAGUUUGUCCAUGGGACUCAACUUCCCUCUCUUGAAUCCAAGUUUUUCCAAGACGAAUCUAUGCAUCCCCACCCAGCCAUAUACAAGGUCGGCCUUCAAUAUCUUACUGGAGAUUUGGUUGGGGGAAAUGCACGGUGCGUGGCAAUGUUGAUGGCCUUUCGAGAAAUGAUCCAGGAUUACAGCACCCCGCCGGAAAAGAUUUUUGUUCGAGAUUUGACACAGAAGAUCAACAGUCAUGUGUCGUUUCUGAACACUUGCAGGCCCUUGGCUAUCAGUAUGGGAAAUGCGAUCAAGUUCUUGAAAACGAGGGUAGUUAACCUUGCAGAAGAGUUGUCAGAGGCUGAGGCAAAAGCAUCACUCAUUGCGGAAAUCGACCGCUUUAUUCAGGAGAAAAUUUUGUACGCGGACAAGGAAAUUGUCAAACAUGCAGUCCAGAAAAUUCGAGACGGUGAUGUCUGUCUUACCUAUGGGUCAUCGUGCGUAGUUGAGAUGAUUCUUCUCAAAGCACACGAGAUGGGAAAGAAGUUCAGAGUUGUUGUCGUCGACUCAAGACCGAAGUUAGAAGGUAAAAGACUUUUGAAGAGGCUCCUCUCCGAGGGGCUUGACUGCACAUACACUUACAUCAACGCUAUGUCGUACAUCAUGCAAGAAGUGACGCGAGUAUUUCUCGGUGCCGCAUCUGUCUUGGCUAACGGAACGGUCUACUCAAGAGUUGGAACAGCGAGUGUUGCAAUGGUCGCACAUGCUUUUAGUGUUCCCGUCAUGAUCUGCUGCGAAACUUACAAGUUUCAUGAAAGGGUCCAACUGGACUCUAUCACUGCAAAUGAACUAGGAAAUCCUGAUGCUCUUGUGAAAGUAUGGGGAAGAAGAGACUUGACGGAUCUUGAAGGAUGGAGUCCGGAAGACAAGCACCUGCAGCUGCUAAAUUUGACGUACGAUGCAACUCCUUCGGAUUACGUGGCGAUGGUAAUUACAGAGCUUGGCAUGGUGCCACCGUCCAGUGUUCCUGUCAUUUUAAGAGAAUACAGAAGAGAGCUUCCGGGUUAGUCUAUCAAGUUUUGGCUCCAAGUUUUGCCUUCAAAUGUUGCUGUACCUUGCGAAGUUGGGGCCACACAGACAACUUGAUACUUGUGUGGCUUUCGUCCACGCCGCUGCAGCCUUGUCACUCUUCAAGAGUUUUUGACAGUAGGGUAUUCCCUAGUUUUAUCGGGUUUGAGAAAAUCCACAUGUAUUGCCACAUGUGGUCGAGAACAGUAGCGCUGCCUCCAGAAACGUACGAGAAAGAUAUAGAAGAUCAAUUGAGUUAAAGUUUCUCAAUCAUUUGAGCUGGGUAUGUCGUCGAGGCAGAGGAAAGCGCCGUGUCACGUCUAACCAUCAGAGUCUAACUUAAGUAUGUGGCCUUCCGGUCGUUUCGAGAUUAUUAAUUCUGUUCAUCCGAAGCCCCCCACUCUAAUUUCCAGCUCUUUAGGAAACAUCACGCGCGAGAAUCAGCUAGCAACUCCCAGUUUUGGAGUUCAGAUAGUGUUUGAUGCCUUCAUCCAAUAAUCGGUAAAGUUCAUAGUUCAAAGACAGGUAGAGUAUUACCAGGGGCGAAUGUGGUCGCUCUUGGGCCUCAACUUUCGGAUGUUACCUUUUUGAGUUUUGAGGCAAGGAAAGAGCAAUUAAAUAAGAGGUUGUAAAGCACAUCCUGCUUUCUGAACCUCAUCUUUGACCUGGGC